AUGUCCAAGCGCCCCGGCUCCAACCUGUCCGGCGGCGGGGCCGGCAAGAGGAAAGCCCUGAGCAUCAAGGAGAAGCUGGACAUCAUCAAACGCUUUGAAGGCAACGAGAGGACUUGCGACAUCUCCCGUGCCACAGGCCUCAAGGAGUCCACGCUGCGCACCAUCCGGGACAACGCGGUCAAGAUCAAGGAGACGUCCCGCACGGGCAGUGGCACGAGCGCGGCCAAGUCCAUCCGCGCGCGGCCCAGGGAGAUCGAGGAGAUGGAGAGGCUGCUGAGCCUGUGGAUGGAGGGCAAGCGCUCGGGCACCACCUUCCUCACGGCCAAGGGCAAGGCGCUGUCCAUCUACGCCGACCUGAAGCGCAAGUCGCCCAACCCCGGCGACGUGGCGCCCUUCCGGGCCAGCUGCGGCUGGUUCAGCGGCUUCAAGCACCGCUACAACUUCCAGAGCCUGCAGCUGCUAGGCGAGGCGGCCAGCGCGCAGCUCAAGGCGGCCAAGGAGCUCCCCGCGCUCAUCCAGAAGCUGGUCAAGGACGAGGGCUACACGCUCGACCAGAUCUUCAACUUCGACGAGACGGGCCUCUACUACAAGCGCAUGCCUCGACGCACCUACAUCUCCAAGGCGGAGAAGCACAGCCCCGGGAUGAAGGCAGCCAAGGACCGGGUGACCGUGAUGUUCGGGGCCAACGCCAGCGGAGACUUGAAGCUGAAGCCCGUCGUGGUGUACCGCUCUGCCAACCCCCAGGCCCUGAGAGGCAUCGUGAAAGCCAGCCUCGGCGUGCACUACCGCUACAGCAAGAAAGGAUGGAUGACCGCCCAAAUCUGCAUCGACAUUUUUGCUGAAUUCUUCCCCGUUCUAGAGGAUUAUUGCAAGAAAAAGAACAUGGCUUUUAAGAUUCUUAUAAUUAUUGACAACACGCCAAGCCACCCCCUGACGAUAGCUGAACUCAACCCGAAUGUCAAAUUCAUCUUCUUGCCUCCGGAAACCACGUCCCUGAUUCAGCCCCUUGGUCAAGGGGCGAUAGCCCUGUUUAAGGCUUACUAUCUCCGGCGAACAUUUAAGAUGUUACUCGCGGCUACUGGAGGUGAGAACGCAGAAACUGUCAUCGCAUUUUGGAAGAGAUUUAACAUCAAAAUGGCCAUUGAUAUCAUCGUUGAAGCCUGGAAUGACGUCACCAAAGAGUGCUUGCAUCGGGUGUGGAAGAAGAUGCUCCCUGACUUGAUUCACGACUUUAAAGGAUUUGAACCUUCAGAGCAAUUAAAAAAAGUCAAAGCAAGCUGUGUUGAUCUGGCAAAACAAGUUGGAUUUGAGGGGGUCAAGAAAGAGGAUGUGGACGAGCUUCUAGAGUCUCCCCUUGACCACCUGACCACCGAGGACAGCCAACAGCUUGCCGCCGAUGGCCAGGUGGAGGCAGAAGAUGACGAAGACGACGACAGCCAGAAGGCUGCGCCGAGGCAGCUCGACACGUCCCAGUUAUCGGAUGUUUUAGGUGUAAUUGAAAAACAGUUGCAAUGGCUGGAGGAUAACGACUAUAAUGCCGAACGCAGCAGAAUAGUGGCUCGGGGCAUCCGGACCAAUUUGGAGCCAUACCGGCGCCUUCAGUAUGAAAGGAGGAGGCUAGCCAAGCAGCAGAAAUUGUAUGUAUAUUUUAAGCCGGAGCCAGCCACUUUUCCAACUCUGUCUCCCCGCCCUCCAGCUUCCCAGGUUAGAAACCUGGGGUCUGCCAUCGGGCCCCUCCGGGUGCCUCGUUCCCUGCCGCAUCCUGUGCAUCACCGGGUCUGCUCGGCUCGGCUCUCGUCCCCUCCCCUGGGAAGCUUUCCUGGAUCCUCCCGGAUCCCCCGGGCUUGUCAGGCGGUUCUCUGCCUUUGGCUGAAAGUGUCCUCGGAAGCCUCCAACCCUCUAACUUCGCGGAUGCAGAGAGCCCAGGAACCGGCACAUUUAAAACGCGGCCGGCUCAUCCGGGCCAAGCCCCUCACUAAUACCGAGACCACCCACAGGUCCAAACAGAUACAGCGGUUUGGAGGCAGAGUUCCUGAUGCCAUGUUCUUCCGGAAGAAACCGAGCACGGUCCGGAAAGUCCGAAUAGGAGGGCGGGAGGGCUCCUUCCGGGCCCAUUGCAUGCCGGGAAGCGCCAGUUUCCGUUAG